ACCCUGAACCGUGUGAGCGGACGUUUCGCCUCCCAGCGGAGACUCCCGGUGUUCGUGAGACGGUGACCAGGCCUCGCGGGCUCCUCGCCAUGAGUUACGGAAGGCCUCCCCCGGACGUCGACGGCAUGACUUCGCUCAAAGUGGACAACCUGACGUACCGGACCUCCCCAGAAACCCUCCGGCGGGUGUUCGAGAAGUACGGCCGGGUCGGCGACGUCUACAUCCCGCGCGAUCGCUACACGAAGGAGAGCCGCGGCUUCGCCUUCGUGCGUUUUCACGACAAGCGCGACGCCGAGGACGCGAUGGACGCCAUGGAUGGCGCGCUCCUGGACGGACGGGAGCUCCGGGUUCAGAUGGCCCGGUACGGAAGACCCCCCGACUCCCACAACGGAGGCGGCGGCGGCGGUGGCGGCGGCGGAGGAGGAGGUGGCGGACGGCGAGGAGGAGCGCCCCGGAGGCACGGAGGAGGUUAUGGCCGCCGAAGCAGGAGCUCUUCCCGCAGCCCGAGACAAAGAAGACGCAGCAGAUCCCGCAGCAGGAGCCGCUCUCGUUCCCGCAGCCGAUCCCGCUCCAGCAGAUCCCGCUCCUACUCCAGAUCCAAGUCCCACUCUCCCAGGAACAAGGACACCAAGGCCAAGUCCCAUUCUCGCUCCAGAUCAAAAUCCAAGUCCAAGUCCAAGUCUAGGUCCAGAAGCCACACCCCUGCCUCCAAAAGAGGGUCCAGGUCCAGGUCUAAAAGCCAGCCCAAGUCCGCAGCAGAAAACGGAGGUGAAACCCCGUAGAGAUCUGCACAUCAGCAGCAGUUUCAGGUGAUGACGUCAGAACUUCUUAGACAGGAUCCCACACGAGCGACGUGUCCAGCUGUUAAAGGUUAUUACUGUGUUACCUGUUGCUUUGUUCUUUCACUUAUUUGGCCUCAGUACAGCUUUUUUUUUUUUUU